AGAGAGGUUAGCACAACUCCAACCAAGACACAUAAACACUAAAUUUGAUGUUUUAGUAUGAUGUUUGCAUUUAAAUGAAAAUACUAAAUCAGUGUACCAAUUUGAUAAAAUGAAUAGUUUCCCACUAAAAUUGGGAUAAACUACCAAUUGAACUAUCUUUUAUGCAUUAUAUUUUUACCUUGCUCUAAAUAUGUACAUAAUAUGCUAUAUGGGCUUGGAAUCCUUUUUUUGUCGUUAAGCCAAGAUCCACCAGACAAAAUUUGCUCCGCCGGCCGGGAGAAGAUCGGAGAUAUGAACACGAACAAGAUCAUUCCGGCCGUUCUCAUGUGGGCUCUGGUUCUAUUCGGAAGUCUUGCUAUCAUUCUUAACCGAUUAAGCGAACCCGGAGUCUCAUCGGACCCUAGCGUGCUUAAGGAAGAGGCUAACCAUGUAGAGGAUGGAGAAGAAGUGACUCACAAAGUUUACUUUGAUGUCGAGAUCAAUGGAAAACCAGCUGGUCGUAUUACCAUUGGCCUAUUUGGAAAAGUUGUCCCCAUAACCGUAGAAAACUUCCGAGCUCUUUGCACUGGUGAGAAAGGGACUGGACGAAACGGGAAACCUCUACAUUACAAAGGCAGUGCAUUUCAUCGGAUCAUUCCCAGCUUUAUGAUUCAGGGCGGGGAUUUCACCCUUGGUGACGGGCAUGGAGGAGAGUCAAUAUAUGGUGAUAGAUUUGCUGAUGAAAACUUUAAGCUAAAACACACUGGACCCGGUAAAGACUCUUCAUACUCUUAGUGGAAGAAGUGUCUUGUUUUAACAUAUCUUAUCAACUAUGGAUGUAGUGGAGAAGAUAAAAUAAGCUGAAGCGGCUAGCUUCAUCACUGUGUUUCUGUUUGCCUCAUCUUUUUUGUUUUCAUUUCCAUUUCGUUUUGUUUUUCUGGAACAGGAGUUCUCUCUAUGGCAAAUGCUGGGCCAGAUACUAAUGGAUCACAAUUUUUCAUCACGACUGUCAUAACCAGCUGGUAACUACUCAGGACUUUAUACAUGUAACACUAACCCUAGAAAUUAAAAAAGCAACUAUCAGACGCCUAAUGGUAAAAGUGUAUACGGUCCAUAUAGUUGACCCCACAUAGUGGAGUAAGCUUGACCACACAUAGUGGAGUAAGCUUUGGUGGUGGUUGUAACAUAUUAAUGAGCGAGGAUAGUUCGAGGCAGAUGGGGCAACUGACAUUGUGUCCUAAAAAUGUGCUAUGGGAUGAGAUGGCACUGCUAGGAUUUGAUUUUGAUGCAAGUGUCACCUUCCAUUGUACAAUACCCUUUUUGCUACUAGUACUCAUUUCUGUAAUCUCCGGAGAUCUGAAACUUAACGAAGUUGGCGUUUUCCAACAUCCUUGACAGGUUGGAUGGCCGUCACGUUGUGUUUGGCAAGGUAAUAUCUGGAAUGGAUGUUGUCCACAAGAUUGAAGCUGAAGGUCGGCAGAGUGGAAUGCCCAGGAGCAAAGUGACGAUUACAGACAGUGGCGAGUUAACCAUGUGAUCAGAUGUAAACUAAAUCAAUGUACACCUUUUGUUUCCUGUUUUACUGAGAAUCUCUACACCUGUGUUCUGGACAUACUUUUGAGCAGUAUCCGUGUUUACUUGCAAGCAUACUAAUAGUUGUAAGAUUGCAGCUGGUUUACAAAUUAUCAAACGCUCUUCAAUAUACGGCUUAUAAUCUGAUGGUCUUUCCAUUGUUGUUACACAGAGUUUUUGAAUCUGCAGUUUUGCUUGUGCUACAACUAAAAUUUCAUGUACUGAUGCACAUUUGGUCAUCCAAAAGUGCACUAACAGAUACCAAAUGUAGGGUAGAUUCAAAAGCAAAAGAUGAAGACUCUAAAUUCAAAGAAAGAUGCCAAUAUGGCUGGAAAAGAAAUAUUGUGCAACAUCUGCAUUACAUUAUCAUUGAAUGUCUAAAGCGUCCCAUUGGAUAGAGCUUAUUAAAUAUGGAAUACAUUAUCAUACACUGAAACUACAAUAUUUGUUCCUCUUUUAAUUCAAAAGAGAAUUUGAUGGAGGAAAUAUCAAAAUUCAGCUAAUCUGUUCUUGUUCAUCUUCAGCUGUCAUUAGCUUUCCAUCUCCAUCCUUGGACUGAAUUGGGGUAUUCCGCUGAUGAUGGCACAUACUGGAGAAAUUAACAGAGAGAUCGGAAUACAGUGAAACGACCUUGUUAAUGUUACCGUUGAUUUCCUGGAUGAGGGAGACGUUUUUGACCAAAUUAUCGUGCAUUUUGGACUGGUGGUUGUCGUUCACUUGCUGAAUCAAGACCCGGUUCCGAUCCAACACCGCCUGCACCUGAUCGAAAUUAUCGCUGAAGGCGUUCCACAUCUCCGACUUCUCAACGUCGGCGCCGCCUUCCGCGGAGGAGUGAACCAGGAGAUUGGCGACGGUGUUGCCGUCGGUAGUGGUGAGAGAGUCUGCUUUGGCUAGGGUUUUGAUCUGGCGGUGGCGGCGGUGGUUGUUAGAAGUGUCCUCUUCCAUGGAUUCGAUUGGCGAAGGAGGCUAAAUUGACUCGGUCGACGGCGGUCGUCCGGCGGCAGUUAUAUAUCACCGGUAGUUAUCAACUAUGUGGAGAAUGCACUGUUCAUUUAUAAAUAUGGGUGCGGAAAAUAUCUCGUAAAGCAAAUAAUAAAAGAAAGAAGAAUCAUAAGUCAAAUAGGAUAAACUAUAAAGUGGGAAGAAAGAUGGAUGAGUCAGCAAUGGGCAUGUGCGUGAUGAUUCUAUGCCAUCUUUCUCAGAGAAUUACAAAAACAUCAAUUCCAGUCUUCACAGUUCAGUACUGUAAAUUAGUUCGGUCACUUCUUUUUUUAUCUCUGCGUCUGAAAUAGUGAAAUCCUCUAUUUUGUCGAUAAUUCCCCGCAAAAUUAAUAAAAAUUGUGUCUAUAACUUCUGGCAUUGUACCAAACAAUAAAUAAAUGAAUAAAAUUGUUUCCUUUCCAAC